AUGUCGCCACUAGAACUCACGUCGCUGAGGCAGGUAUCCAAGGCGUUGUACACACAUGCAAACAGUGAGUUCCACUGGCAGCGACACGUGCAGUCGAAUGUACCUGGGAACACGAUUACAAGACCUUACCCAUUUGAGACAUUCCGGGAGCUCUACGCAUGCCACGAUCCAUUCUGGUUUAUUCCCAAGCACAAGAUCUGGUUCUCCGAUCGCGGCCUGGCUGGGGAGCUGAUCGUUGUUCAGUAUGAUCAACGAAGAGGAGUGCUAGAAGGCUAUCAGCUGGUGGCAAUCAGUCCCGGCGAGGCUGGAGAGUUCUGGCAAGCGCAUGGCGACCUGGCCGUAUUCGUCGAUGACUUCGAGCCCGAGGUCAAACUGCAUCGAGACAAGCCAAUUCUAAAGCUCAGUCCCGCUGACCAUCAAUUACGAAGUGAGGUGGGAACUUCAAGCUCUAGCCCGCGACGGAAAUUCUUCCCUGUGCAGCCAAUGUCGCUGGAUAUUGAUACUGACCCUCGCGUCGGUGAAGUGGUUGCCGCAAAGCCUCUCGCCAGCGUGCUCGAGGACAAUAUUCCCAAGACAUUCCCUUAUGGCUACGUUUGGCCACCGCCUACCAUUCCUGCAGGUCAUCGCGUCGGUGCACAAGCCGCAGGGGUCUUACCAAUCUCAAGCCAGCGACUUGAAUUGGCAUCUCCCGGCAAUUGGGCGCCGUCCAAUCGGUCCGAAGCUUCCGAUCAGACGUUUCGUAUCAGGCGAUGGAUGGAAUGGAUACGGUCCGGCUUAGGACUCAAGUUGGGAGAAGAGACUGCGACCUGGUCUACUCUGGAUCCAUACUUAUACACCCCGACCAAGGAGAAGCCGUGGAGGGGUAUAUACGUGGGAGACUACAAUGUACAUGGAUGUGAAUUUCUUCUGGUCCAUCAGCCCGACUCAACAGAGGGUGAAACAGAACCUCUGGAACGGCAGGCAGAGGAGACUGAUGCUGAGUUGGAACAAAGGUUCUUGCACGAGAGGGUAUACACGGGUUCAAUCGAAGCUGUGAAGCUUACAGGAGACAUGAACGUGCCAAGAGGCGAAUACACAUUUAUCGCUCCAGAUCUGGGUGAUGGCGGGCUGGUGUGCAUCGAAGAAGAAUCACCUUUUGCGGGAUGCAGGGUUGUAAGAUCUCGUGGGCACAUUGCCGGCGAUGGCUUCGUCAACGAUACGUAUAUGCCGUCUCAACUUAUCCUGGUAUCGUAUGAUCGUCUCGCACAGUUCUGGAUGGGAUUCCGUCACGUCAGCUAUUAUCAGCGUGUAAAUAUCGACCGCUUUUUGGUUCCUUGA